UGCGCUGGGGAAAAGCCCGCCUGCAGUAAUUGCACCAAGUCGGGCCGCUCAUGCGCAGGUUAUCAGCGAAGCCACGCGUUCAUCCUGUCUCAAUAUACGAAAACCACUCGCGCCAAAAGCCUCGCCGUUCCGUCUAAGAAGCGCAAUGUCAACCCAAGUGUCUCCAACCCUUCUCUUUUCGUCUCCAUAUCUCCACGCAAUGUCUUCCGAGAUCAGCUCAUUACUAUAUUCAUCAACGACCAAUACCCGUCAGACAUUAUCAACCACGCUCUUCCCAAUCCCCACCGCAAAUGGCUCCUUCGGCUAGGCAGUCUUCCUUCGCUAUCGCCUGCUCUCGAGUAUACAAUUUUGGCCGUCUGUACAGCAGGGCUUGGACGCCGGGAUAAGCACGAAGAUCUUCAGCACAAAAGUCUUACCCUGUACACGACGGGCCUGUGCAAGUUGCAGUGCGCCAUCGACAGUCCCAUCACACGAUACGAUGAGCAAACACUCACUGCUUGCAUGGUACUUUGUAUGUACGAAUUUACAGAGUGUCCCGGGCAAACAGUCGCGGCGUAUAUGAACCACUAUUCCGGCGCUAUGGAACUCCUGCGGCUAAGAGGAGCAAAAGCUCAUACCCAGGGUCUAUCCCAUGGUGUCUUUCAAGCUCUGAGGAUGCACACAGUAAGUCGAGCACAAGAAGCCACCACUUGGCUCAGAGUGUGUCCAAAUUGGCCUUAA